AGUCUCAGACCUGAUCCGUCUCAGUCCUGCAGCACUGCACGCCGUCUCACCAGUACCAGCACCUCCACCAUGCCCGCCAGCCAGGCCCGGUCCAGGGCCAGAGACCGGAACAAUGUCCUGAACCGGCCCGAGUUUAUGUCCCUGAACCAGCCCCCCCGCAGGGAGCCGGGGCCGGGGGAGGGGCGUGGGGGUGGCAGCGGUCCGAGGAGGGCCAGCAGACAGCAGAGUCAGCAGGAGGACGGCGGAGGAAGGGGGUCCAGGGACUCUUCAGAGGGUGGCUCAGCAGCUGAUGGGGGGACGAAGGACACGUCUCGUUGGCCGGAGCAGGACUGCAUGCAGCUGAAUCCGUCCAUUCGAGGCAUCGCCAUCAACUCUCUGCUAGCCAUCGACAUCAGUCUGUCCAAGCGUCUCGGUGUCUGCGUGGGGACACACGGGACGGGGGCCCCGCUGCGCUCCAUGGUGACCCUGCUGGCCCUCACUGGACACGCCCUUCCCUGGCUCUGUGGGACGCUGGUCUGUCUGUGGAGGAGCAACACGCUGGCUGGACAGGAAGUCCUUGUCAACCUGCUGCUGGCUCUGAUCUUGGACCUGAUGACGGUCGCCGGUGUGCAGAAGUUGGUCAAACGCCGAGGACCAUGGGACUUCCCUCCGGGGUUUCUGGACUACGUAGCCAUGGAUCUGUACUCCUUCCCAGCAGCCCACGCCAGCCGAGCCGUCAUGGUGUCCAAGUUCCUCCUGAACCACCUGGUGCUGGCGGUGCCCCUCAGGAUCCUGCUCUACAUGUGGGCCGUCCUGGUGGGCGUGUCCCGGGUGCUGCUGGGUAAACAUCACCUGUCGGACGUCGGCUGUGGAUUCGCUCUCGGCUUCCUGCACUUCAGUCUGGUGGAGUCCGUGUGGCUCGACUCUGCCACCUGCCAGACCCUCAUCUCCAUCGGCACGCUGCGCUGGACUCCACUGGUCUGAACCGGCCUGGACUGGUCCAGUAUCCAUCAGACGCUCACCUGUAACACACUGGACACAUCUGUCUGUCCUGGUUUGGACGGCUCUGUCUGGACCUGAUGAUCUGCUCUGAUGACACAUGUCUGGACCAGUUUUGACCAGUUUGGACUGGUCUUGCUGGAUUCUGCUACCUGCCGGACUCUUGAGACUGAAGCCGCUCCGUGUUUUGACACCGUCAUGCUUCCUGUUUAGCUCCACCUGGUGGACGGUAGCUGUGGCAGCUCGUUGUAGGGGGUCAGGACCUCGACCUGUCUGAGCAGCAAAAAUCUUCAAGCUUUUCAAAGACGCUGAACGUGUGUGUGUGUGCGUGUGUGUUACUGUGUGUGUGUUUUCACAGCUUUUUAUUCUGAUGCAGUCGUCAUGACGACACAAUGACGCCUCAGUGACUGAAAUCAAAAACAAAAUCUUAACUCAAGGCCUACUGACAAGGUUGUUUUUCCAGAGCUUUCAUCAGCAGCUCACAGUCUUCAUCAGUCAACUUUACUCCAAAGCUAACUGAUGAUUAGCUUUUUUUCCCAUAAAUUUAGCGCACCACCAUUGUACGUAUCCUCGAACCUGACAUGUUGCAGUUACAGUUUACAUCCAUGUCUGUGAAAACAUGGACGCUUCACACACAUCUUCCCUCAACAGCACUAAUCAGUUUAUUCUUCAGUCCAUGCAGACAUUUGUGCCAAAUUUAAAGAAUUUCCCUUCAGGCGUUCUUGAGAUAACAGGAGUGGGAAGGACAACCCAAAAAUGUAAUGCCUCCAGCUUCUGAGAACGCAGACAUAUAAACACUCAGUAACUUUCGAAAAGAACAAUUAUGUUUUUUUUGUUUUGUUUUCAUAAACAAAUAAAAACUAAAUGAUGACAUGAAA